AAUCAGUCCGUAAUCAAACAAUGAUAAACAGAGCUGUGUAAAGGUUAAGGUUGCAGUCAUUGUCAAUCAACUACAGUUCUUGCUGUGAAUAUUCAUUGGGCAAAGGAAACAUUUAUUGGUCAACCAAAUGGACAAAUUUCAAGUAGAAGGCCAUCAAGAACUUUUAGAACGACUUAUCAAGCUUGAGGGAAGAUUAAAUUCCUUUGUUGAAUUCUAUGAAGAAUUAGGUGUACUCUACAGACAACGCAAACAACUGAUACAAAACUUUUUAAAAAACAUGAAAGAGGAAACACAACUCAAAACGGAAACACUUAAGAAACAAGUGACAUUUGAACAAAGUGACUUUACUGAUGAUACUUCAUCAACAGGACAACAGUUAAAGAAGACAAAAUCCAUUGCACUAAUUUACGAUCUCCUCGGUGACUUGAGCUCAUAUCACGCUGACGUAAACAAAAAAAUCAGCGAUUUACAGCUUUUAAAAAACCAAAACGAACCCGUAUCGGCAUAUUCAGAGUUGGAUACGGUUUUAUCUAGUUUGCAUGCAGAGAAAGACGAGCUAGAUAAUAAAAUAAUACAAUUUGUAAUAAAAAAUACUGUGGAAGGAAAAGAAGCUUUGUUAAAUGUUAUUUUAAACUUGGAGAAUGAGAACAAUGGGAUGAAAAAUUCCAUUUGUUUGUUAGAAAGUAGAAUUGACUAUUUGAAAAAUACCAUAACGGCAUUGAUGUUGGAAAACCACUCUUUAAAGAGGGAGGAACAAAGAUUGUCUGAGGUUAUAAGAAGAAGUAUUGUGGAAAAAACUGUUUCCUUUGUUUUGCCGAGGUCGUUGAGAAUAAGCCGUUUGUCAGAGUUAGACGAGACCCCAGAAGUUGUGGAAGUGUCUAGUUUGACCUUGGAGCAAGAAGACGUUCUAUCCAUUCAGAGAUCUACUGAUUCUUUCAACCUUGACGCAGCGAUUGCAUCUUGGCCGACAGAUGAGGCUUCUUUGCAGAAACAUGUUAAUCGGCUCGCAACAGAACUCGAAGUGUUGGAAGUUAACCACAUGAAGCUCAACUUACUGAAGCGUUACGUUCAGAGACAUGGGUCUAAGUAUAUAAACAGGAACACACUCAUCGAUCCUACCAAAGGCAUGUCUCUGUGGCAUAAUAAGUGAUUUGGACCUGAUUAAUGUAUGUUUAGUAAAAGAUUCAUUCAUUAUUUUCUUUCCAUACCGGCAAAGCUUUUUUAAACCAAUAAAUUAAUAUAUAGGUAGUUAAUCAAA